ACAAACUGAGUAGUAUAUACACCAAUGUGACAGCGUUGUUCUCCUCCCCUCCUUUCCUAGCUCCUAACAUAAAGGACUCUUUCUCUCUCUGUUUGCGACUAUUGUGGGUGGAUAUCCUGUGUGAAGUUGUCGGUGAAGUUGUCGGUGAAGUUGUCGGUGAAGUUGUCGCCUUGUCGGUGAAGCUGUUUGAAUACGCCUACCGUUAAGUACAAUCUUUAUCUAGUAUACCAUAGACAGGUUUUCACAACUUCCAACACAUUCGACUUCCACUCGCUCCUAGUGACAUUAUGCCGAUAAUCGACAACGAACUGGUUGGCGAGGGCGUCAUUGACAACGAAGGGCAGUUUCAUCCAUCCCGCUACGUUCCUUCAAUAACCGGCGAAAACAUUGUCCAGAAAAUUCAAGAAAAUGUAGCCCUUCACGGCAACCUCACUUGGAUGACGGAUUUAAGCACGGGGAAAUCGAUGACUUACUCUCAACUAGCGGUUGCAAUUGACCGAUUGCACAUCUCGCUUCGGCGAAGAGGAUUGCGACCUAGGGACACCGUAGGGCUUGUCGGAUCCAAUCACAUCGAAAUACCGAUUGUUUUCUUUGCCGUGUGGAAAGCGUGCGGAAGUUGUUCCGGAUUGGACAUUGGUUUAUUUCCUGAGCAAAUUCGAAAUCGGCUGAUUGAAACAAAGUGUAGGUUCAUCAUGACCGAUGAACCGAGGGCCGAAAAGGUUUUGCAAGCCGUCCAGGGCUUGGAUAUUCAGGUGUUUGUCUUUGGCCAGGCGGAAGGUUGCAUCCCGAUCGCGCAACUAUUCGAACCCCAAGAAAAAUUUGAACACGAUGAAUUCGAGUUCGACGUGCUUGCUCCGGCAUGGUUCACUUAUUCCAGCGGUACCACCGGCAUCCCCAAAGGCAUCGUGCACACGCACUACUCGCUGAGCCCCUAUUUGCGACCGCCCGAUGACAGGAAUGAGCAGUCGGAAUUGGUGGGGCAAAAGUUGAUGUUCACCGGUUCAAUGGUUCACGGUUCGGGUUUGUUUAAUUUCACGAGGGGUACGGUUGAACAUAAAGUCAUUUUCACCUUCUCCGAUCCGAAAUUGGAAGCAAUUCUUCACGGGAUUAAUUUGAUUAAGCCUACUGUAAUUAGUAUUUUCCCAUAUGAACUGGCUGGGAUGUGUAUCCACCCUGAACUUGAAAAAUACGACCUCAGCAGCGUUGAAACCCUUAUUUACUGCGGCUGCUCAAUCUUGUCAACCUUUGAACGUCGCAUUUUUGAAAUUAUGUCAAAUCUCCACAAUCUUAUCAGCAUGUAUGGCAUGUCAGAAACUAUGUUACUUACUCUGGAUAAGCCAAAACCCAAACCAGCUAUCAAGAUGGACAGAGAAGAGAUCAUUAAAAAUCACAAAAUCGGUUCCUCUGGUCAGGUUUUACCGUUCGCCAAACUGAAGAUUAUUGAUUCAAACACCGGUGAAAAACUGGGACCAGGCGGAGUCGGCGAAGUAGUUGCCAAUACGCCGUUCCUCAUGAGAGGAUAUCUUAAUCAACCGACGGAAGUAACUGAUGGGUGGUUCAGCACCGGAGAUCAAGGCUAUUACGACGCUGACGGCGACCUCUUCGUUAUCGGACGCUACAAGGAAAUGAUCAAAUACAAAGCGAAAAAGGUGGCUCCGAGCAAGAUUGAAACACAAAUGAUGACUCAUCCAGCCGUGAAAGAUGUGGCCGUGAUCGGAUUGCCUCACGACAUCGACGGGGAACAUCCGCUGGCUUAUGUAGUCAUCAAAACUAACCAAGAGGGUCGACCGCUUGCCAACCCUCAGGAAUUAAUCGACUUUACAAACGAAAGAGUUGCCGAUAAAGAAAAAUUGAGGGGAGGUGUCCGCUUCAUCGAGAGCAUUCCGCGCAACAAGUUGGGCAAAAUCCUGAGACACCACCUCGUCGCAAAGCUGCAAAGUGAAUUGAACGGCGCGAUUUAAAUUUCCCUAGAAGAAAAUGGAUACCAUAAAUAAAACUGUUCACAGUCA